AUGUUGAAACGAUUAAAACGUAUGCCAAUCUUAACUGACGGCUGGGAAACAGUUGUUUCAGAUCUCAAACUUCAGAAGGAUUGUCUCCUGACAUUUCGUCCCAUGAACCAUUUUGGUCUCUAUCUUUCAUCUUUUGUUAAUGGCGUCUGUGAGCAAUCUUAUUUCACGAUUAAUCGUCAUCUAAGAUUGGGUUUUACGAUCAUUGAAGAUUCAUUUGUUCAACAAUGUUUUGGAGACGAUGUAAUGGCUGGCUCAUAUGAAGUUAAUUAUAAGGGUUCUCCGUGGACGGUGUCAACAAGUAAGGUUAAUUCAAACUAUGUAUUCUCACAAGGUUGGACUCAACUUUGCAACGAUCUUGGCGUUCAGGAAGAUGAUUUAUUGGUUUUUGAAAAACUUAAUGAUGUUAUGUUUGAUUUAACGGUGUAUCGAGACGAGGUUGAGAUAAGGUUGAGCAAGAAGGUUGAAUCUGAUGAUGAUGAUGAUGAUGAUGUAAUUCAGAUCUCUAGGGCCGAUUACGAUAAAGCGCUUUUUAAGGACAUAGAGGUAGAUGAUAACCAGCCCACAUCUGUUAAAAGUCCAUCAGGAACAGUCCCGACAAGUACACCAAAGAAUGUUCAUGUUAAAGAGACGUUGAAAGUAGGUGAUGGUUUACAUUUCACGACAACACAAGAUCUAAAAGGAAAGGGAAAAGGUAAACUUUCUGUCGACCGAUCCGUCACAGUUGACAAUUUCAACAAACAAUGCAAAGGCCGAAAACGUUAUACAACAUCUGAUCAAACUGUCAAGCAUCCAAAGAAGGUUUCAAGGAAUGCAAACAAAGUUUCCCGUAUCUGCAUUGAUCCAGAAUAUUUCGACUUUAGCCGUAAAGCUGAAUAUAGGCUGCGGCUUCCGGUUGAGGUUGUUAAUAGAGCCGGCCUGUCUGAAAGAUUGCAACCUAUAUCUGUCCAGAACUUGAAUGGUGAUGUUGAAGUUUAUGACACAAAGACAGAGUUAAACAGUGCUGUCCUCCCAAUUGUUACUCGAGACGAGGCAUCUCAUAGAAGAAAAUUAAGAAAAUUAUACUUGGAUAAUAAGAAAUCAAAUGUGGGAACUACAUCGUCAUCCCUCAAUAUUGAUUCCACUAAUAUUAAUUCCACUUCCACUCCGUGUGUUACAUCUGAUAACAUAGUCAACAGAAUUGGUUCUCACAAUUUUGAAUCCACUCCUGAGGUGACUAAUAAUGUUAAUCCAAGUCCUUCAAGUAUUGUAACAAGUAACAUUAUUUGUAGUACCAGCAAUCGUACAACGAGAAAAAACGAUAUUGGGAAUAAUAUUUCAACUGGCAUCACAUCAACCACCUGCACAUCAUCAUUGAACCGUAAUUUGCAAAGGCUAUCAUCUGGGAAACGUAAGUUGGUAUCCAAAGCACGUAUUUCGUCUCCUAUACCAAUGAUCGACUUGACCACAGACGAAACCGUAGAACGAGAUCCUUAUAAAGGUGUUUCUACAGAUUAUUUGGAUCACGGUGAUCAAGUUAUUACUUGUGAAGUUUGUUAUGCAAAGUUAUGGGACGCAGAGAAAGGAAGCGGAAGAAAAGAGGGUGGCAAAAUAUGUCAUAUGUUAUGUUGUGGUUAUGCCAAAGUUGUCUUACCGGAUUACAAAACCGCGACACCUUAUUAUAAAAGUCUAUUCAUGUCCAAUGACAAUGAAAGCAAGCACUUUUUGAAGAACAUUCGACGUUACAAUUCUAUGUUCGCGUUUACCUCAAUGGGUGGUAAGGUUGACCAAACCGUGAAUACUGGUAAUGCUCCUUUUUGCUACAGAAUUAGUGGUGAAAAUUACCAUUCUAUUGGUAGUCUUGUGCCACCAAACGGAGGGAAGCCUAAAUUUUGUCAGUUAUACAUAUACGAUACAGAAAAUGAGUUGGCAAACAGGUCUUCAGACAAUGCUUCCUCAUCAUCCAACUCAUUUGAAACUGAUAAUAAGCUGAUACAACAAAUCAAAGCAAUGUUUGAUGCCGAAAAUGUGCUUGUGAAAAUUUAUAGGAUGGUUAGAGAUUGCUUCCAACAAAAUCCUAAUACCACUUUAAAGCUUCGCCUAAUUGGCAAAAGAGAACAAGAUGGUCGGACUUAUAACUUACCUACUUCCUCAGAGGUUGCUGCUCUUAUUGUUGGAGAUAUCGAUAACGCACUUGAGAAAAGAGAUAUCGUUGUCGAGACACAAACAGGUUCAUUAAAAAGAAUAAGUGAAUUGCAUCCUUCCUAUCUUGCACUUCAGUAUCCUAUUUUGUUCCCAUAUGGAGACGACGGUUACAGAAUUGACAUACCACAUAAGGGUGUCAUUGAUGUUACUAACAAGAAACGUCCGAAUUGUACAAUGAGAGAGUUUUUUGCGUAUCGUGUACAAGAUCGUAGUAACCAGUUUUCAUUGAUUCUAAAUUCUCGACGGUUAUUCCAACAGUUUUUGGUUGAUGCUUAUACGAUGAUUGAGAGCGAGCGACUUAACUUUAUAAGAUUUCAGCAACAAGAUCUCAGGUCUGAUACAUAUAAGAAUAUCCGGAAACUAAGAUAUAACGGCCAACAAGAUUUGUCUAAGGUUGGAAAACGUAUUUUCCUUCCAUCUUCCUUUACAGGCGGGUCACGAUAUAUGAUGCAAAACUAUCUUGACGCAAUGGCAAUUUGUAAAUGGUAUGGUUAUCCAGACUUUUUUAUAACUAUUACCUGCAAUCCCAAAUGGCCGGAGGUUCAAAGGUUUCUUAAGGACACAAAUCUUAAUCCAGAGGAUAGGCCUGAUAUUUUAUCUCGAAUUUUUAAAAUAAAGCUGGAUUCAAUUGGUAAAGAUUUGAAAGACCGUGAUUUGUUUGGAAAAGCUUCUGCUGUUGUUUACACUAUUGAGUUUCAGAAGCGAGGAUUGCCUCAUGCGCAUAUGUGCUUAUUCAUGGAGAAUGAUUACAAACUUCCAACUGUAGACCAUGUUGAUCAGUUUAUUUCUGCAGAAAUCCCUGAUUUAAACCAAGACCCGGAACUAUAUACGCUUGUGAAAGACCAUAUGAUUCACGGUCCAUGUGGUAAUGCUAGAAUGAGCUCUCCAUGUAUGGUUGAUAGAAAAUGUUCAAAAGGUUUUCCCAAGAAAUUUCAAGAUCACUCAACCUUGGAUUCUAACGGAUUUCCCUUAUACAGAAGAAGAGAUGACGGUUCCUUCGUUUUAAAAAAUAAAAUUGAGUUAGACAACAGAAGUGUUGUACCUUAUAACAAAAAGCUUUUGAAAAGAUAUCAGGCGCAUAUAAACGUUGAAUGGUGCAACCAAGCGGCGUCAAUAAAGUAUUUGUUCAAGUAUAUUAAUAAAGGUCCUGAUAGAGCAACAGUUGCUGUGGUUCCGAGCAAUAAUGAAAACGAGCAAGCAGAAAAUGAUGAAAUUAAAGAGUAUUAUGACUGUAGGUAUAUAUCUGCGUGUGAAGCCUCUUGGAGGAUUUUUUCUAAUGAAGUUAAUUAUAGGAGUCCUUCUGUUAUGCGUCUUCCUUUCCAUCUUCCUGGACAACAAACAGUUUGUUUCGGUCCUGAUGAAGAUAUUAAUCAAGUGCUAAACAAACCAUCUGUGAACUCAUCAAUGUUUUUAGCUUGGAUGCAACGUAAUCAAGAUCCUAACGACCAUGUUGCACGUACACUAACAUAUGUACAGUUUCCGCGUUUUUAUGUGUGGAAGCUUGACAAGCGUAUAUGGGUUCCGAGAAUAAAAGGGAAAACAAUUGGAAGAAUUCAUUCCGUUUCUCCGUCUACCGGUGAAGCGUACUAUUUAAGAAUUCUUCUUAACAAAGUUAAAGGACCAACAUCGUUUGAUGAUAUUAAAACAGUUAAUGGUCGAGUGUACGAUACUUUUAGAGAUGCUUGCUAUGCGCUUGGUUUGUUGGAUGACGACUCGGAGUACAUUGAGGCCAUCAAAGAAGCAAAUAUAUCAGGUAGUGCAGGUUAUAUUCGCAAUUUAUUCGCCACCAUGUUACUGUCAAGCACAUUAUCUAGACCUGAAGUUGUCUGGGAAAGCACAUGGAAGUAUAUGACAGAUGAUUUUCUGUACAGAUUCUCAAAGUAUCAUCGUGUUUCAGGUUUAUCAAUUCCUGAUGAGCAACUAAAGAACUAUGUUUUAUGCGAAAUCGAGAAGUUUUUAACUCGGAAUAAUUCAUCGCUUCGGAGAUUUUUAUCAAUGCCUUACCCGGAUACUUCAUCUUUAGAUAACUUUCGCUGCCGAUUGAUUAACGAAGAGCUUGCUUAUGACAGAACAGAGUUACAAAAUGUUUAUCAAGGUCAGGUGAAUUUGUUAACGGAUGAACAACGUGCAGUAUAUGAAGAAAUUAUGAACGCAGUUCAUGGAGACAAUGGAGGAGUAUUUUUUGUUUACGGUUAUGGCGGGACUGGUAAAACUUUUUUAUGGAAAACAUUGUCUGCUGCAAUUAGGUCAAAAGGUGAGAUUGUAUUAAACGUUGCAUCUAGCGGAAUUGCAUCAUUGCUGUUGGAGGGAGGAAGAACGGCUCAUUCUAGGUUUCAUAUACCUUUGAAUCUUAAUGAGGAUUCCGUUUGUCAUAUAAAACCAGACGAUGAUGUAGCUAAAUUACUACAGCAGACCAAACUCAUUAUAUGGGAUGAAGCUCCUAUGGUUCAUAAACAUGCAUUUGAGGCUUUGGAUAGAACUAUGCAUGACAUUUUCAAUAUAUCUAAUCCAUCCAGGUCUGAUGUUUUAUUUGGAGGAAAGGUAAUUGUAUUUGGUGGUGAUUUUCGGCAAAUACUACCUGUUGUUCCAAACGGUGGACGUCAAGAAAUUGUGAAUGCCUCAUUAUGUUCUUCUUAUUUGUGGAGUAAGUGUAAGUUGUUGACGUUAUCUAGAAACAUGAGGUUAACUGUUGGAAGACCAUCAUCUGAAGUUGAAGAGAUCAGUAAUUUUGCAAAAUGGUUGUUGGACGUUGGUGAGGGAAAUAAUUACAAUGAUCGUAAUUACUUUAGUACACGAGCUAUACUUGCGCCUAAGAAUGAGGUUGUUCACGAGAUUAACUACAGAUUGUUGGCAGUAUUCCCUGGUGAAGAAAAAGAGUAUCUUAGUUCUGACAGUCUAUGCCCUACUGAAGAUGGCAAUGUUGAUCAGCAAAAAAUAUACUCCCCCGACGUGCUCAAUGGUCUCAAAGUGUCUGGUUUACCAAAUCAUAGGUUAGUGCUUAAAGUUGGUGUUCCAGUAAUGUUGUUGCGAAAUAUUGACCAACGAAAUGGUUUGUGUAACGGUACAAGGUUAAAGGUCACAAAACUUUACAGUCGUGUUAUUGAAGCUGAGAUAAUUUCUGGUGGUAAUAUUGGUUCUCGGACAUUCAUACCUAGAAUGAAUUUGGUACCUUCGGACAAAAAGAUUCCUUUUGCAUUUCAAAGGAGGCAAUUUCCAAUAACUGUAUGUUUUGCAAUGACGAUUAACAAAAGCCAGGGACAGUCGCUAUCUAAGGUUGGGUUGUAUCUAAGACAACCAGUUUUCACACAUGGUCAAUUGUACGUAGCUUUAUCCAGGGUUACAAGACGAGAUGGAAUCAAGUUACUAAUACUUGACAAUGAUGGCAGGCCUAUAAAUAAAACAACCAAUGUUGUAUAUAAAGAGAUAUUCAAUGGAUUGUAA